AUGCCAACCAAGGAAAGCUGCGAUGACGACGACAGCGACGACGACGAAGCCACUCCCAUUGAUCAUGAGCUGGUCUCGCCCGUUUCCCCGGUAUCGCCACUGCGGAACCAAGACCUGAUACCCACAGCCCAGACGGCUCAUAUUCACACCUAUUCCAUGUGGACUCCCCGUAUCCAACGCCUUGUCCAAAGAUGGUAUACAGCUUGUACCGAAAGCCACAAAGCAUGUCGAGCUGGCUAUAACAAUCCUCAUCCAGGCGAUAACGCCAAGCACCGCUUCCAGCCAACUCGCAUUCUCGACCUGCAUGACAAUAAGCUGCGGCUUGAUUGUGCUCCAGGUGAUCGCAGGGACCAGCGAUACGCUUCUCUGACUCACCGAUGGAGUAUCCGACCAGAGACGAUGCCCCGACUGGAUGUGGAUAUGCUGUCAGAAUGGGAGAAGAAUAUUGAUCCCAAAAUCCUGACCCGGACCUUUCAAGACGCCAUCGAUGUUGCACGAAGACUAAAGAUCCGCUAUCUGUGGAUCGACUCGCUUUGUAUCCUACAAACAGGUCCCGGCUGGGAGGCAGACUGGCAGAAGGAGGCCGCUCGAAUGGGUGAGGUCUACCGACAUGCUUUUCUCAACAUUCAGGCUGGCAGAGACACAGACGCCGGCCCUUAUGGCCUUUUCAAGACACCUAGCGUGCGGGAUAUUGAGCCUUUCAAGAUUAACAUUUCUCGAGAGCUGAAUCGACCCGUACUUCGUUCUCACACAAAGAAGCCCCCACCAGCAUCUGUUCAAGGCACGUUCUGGAUUGUGGAAGAAGAUUUCGCGCGCGACGAAUUGAUUGGCAAUCCAAUAAACAGGAGAGGCUGGGUCCUUCAGGAGCGGCUCCUGUCUCACCGCAUAGUGCACUUCGGCCCGGACCAGGUCUUUUGGGAGUGCCGCGAGCUGCUUGCCUGCGAGACCUUCCCAGAGGGACUGCCCAAGACCAUUCCGCAAACGCUGGCGCGCGCCGCAACUCUGAUAACCCAAUCUCCGACUGCGGUAUUCGAGCACAAGAAGCCGUCUCGGAGCCUGACGUCCCGGGUUGUGUCUCCCAGCAAGCCGCUUCCACUUCCUUCGUUUCCGUCCUUGACCUGUCACAGAGAUCUCUUCGGUUGGUUCUAUCUCGCCGAGCUGUACUCAGCAUGCUCCUUGACGCGGGAGACUGACAAACUCGUUGCCAUCUCCGGGCUGGCGCAGAUGUUCGGCCUCUCCUCAUCCUAUCUCACGGAGAAUCAGGCAGAUGUGGUAGCGUAUUUACGCACGCUAGCUCUACCUCGUGCUGGAGGAGCUUUCGCAGAGCAGCAUUGGGAGUACCACCACGAGGCUUCUCGACCGAGCGGGGACUACCUAGCAGGCUUGUGGAAGUACGACCUCAUUCCAUGCCUCUUGUGGCACGUCCUCAACGGCAGGCAGGUCAACGGCAAGCCUAGCCAGCGUAUCCCAGGCACCCCAAGUGCUCCUAGUUGGACUUGGGCCAGCAUCAACGGCUUGAUCAACGCGAGCAUCUACCAGUCGUGGGGUGCCAAAACAGAUGGCGUGCACCUGGCCGAGCCGUCAUACGCCUCCACGACCCCCGUGUUCGAGGACCACCCUUGGGGUCAAGUCAGCGGUGGUGAGCUCAGACUGGUCGGACGAGUCAUACCCGAGGAGCGGGUGCGGUGGCCAACGGCCGACGAGCUGGAAAGCCACAAGCUCAGGAUCAGCUUGCAUACGGGCGAAGUCCACGCCACAAUCCUGCGGCGAUUCACCCGCAACUCUGCCAGCGUGGCCCGUCACCGCGUGCUGCAGACCGAUGUGCAAUGUUACAUGGACGACAUGGAAGAGUUCACGGUCAAGCUUCGCCGAUCAGGGCCGAGUUUUGAGAUUGGCUUGCUGCCCCUGGUUGGGCUGCAGCGUCGGCGGCCGACCUGGGACUCGACAACGGGAUACGUUGAUGAAGUGUAUGAAUACCAUGGUCUCGUCGUUGUCGCGAAGCCGGUCGACGAUAUGAUCCUGGCUGAAAGACUGGGGUACUUCCGCGUCAAUGAUACCAAUGUCUUUGGAGCGGUAUUGGCCCGCGAGACGGACAAGGAGAUCGUGUUGGUUUGA